GUACAGUAUGGCUCCAGUCCCCUGGCUAUGUUGAUGGACACUUGUGAUAAAUUUGGAAGUUCUAGUCCAGUCCAAGAGUCAGCCGCUCCCGGAAGAGCUGAGAACAAUUUGGGAAGGAAACCUUACUUUUUGGGAGUAGAGUCUUUUGCUCCAAAGCUCUGGAGUGCUGAAGGCAUGGGAGAUUCCUAUACGGCCACUUUCCCCAAUGGGAAUGGAUUGAUGUCUCCUUCAGCAAGCCCACAAGCUUCUACCACUUACAGCAAUGAUUAUAGUCCUUUUCCCCAUUCCUUCCCAGCCUCACCCACAACUCAAGAUCCCUCUUCGUUGCUGGUGCCUAAGGGGCAUCCCUCCCCUGAUUGUCUCCCCAGUGUCUACACCUCCUUGGACAUGGCACACCCUUAUGGCUCCUGGUACAAAGCUGGCAUCCACCCAGGCAUCUCGACCAGCUCUAGCAACCCUACUGCUUCCUGGUGGGAUAUGCAUUCCAACAGCAACUGGCUGAGUUCUCAGCCACAGUCAGAUGGACUCCAGGGUUCCUUACAGUCCAUGCCUAGCCAGGCCCCCAUCAGCCCCCAGCUACCCAGUUACACGUCUGAGUUCACCACUUUGAACCCUGCUCCUUACCCUGCAGUAGGCAUUACUUCUUCAUCGCACCUUCUCCCUUCAGGACAACAUGUGCUGCCCCAAGAAAUGUAUAAGCCCAAGCCAGUGGCCAAUAACUCCCUGAUGGAAGGUGGGAUUGCCUUGAAGUCUGGAAGAGGGGGCUCCUUUGGGAGCACAGCCGGCAGGUCCACUUGCGACUGCCCUAAUUGCCAAGAACUAGAGCGGCUUGGGGCCUCGGCAGCCAGCCUGCGGAAGAAGCCUAUCCACAGCUGCCACAUCCCAGGCUGUGGGAAGGUCUAUGGGAAAGCCUCGCAUCUCAAGGCCCACCUGCGGUGGCACACCGGGGAACGCCCCUUCGUCUGCAACUGGCUCUUCUGCGGCAAGCGUUUUACGCGCUCAGAUGAGCUGGAGCGCCAUGUUCGCACUCAUACCCGAGAGAAGAAAUUCACCUGUUUGCUCUGUAACAAGCGCUUCACCCGCAGUGACCACCUCAGCAAGCAUCAGAAGACCCAUAAUGAAAUAGGAGUAGGCAAGCCCCCUGAAGGUGAAGCUGAGCGGGAAGAGGCUGCCACGGUGGCUGGUUCCCCCGGUGCCGCUGCCCUUCAAGAGGGCCUGGCUGGAGAGGAAAAAGAUGCCACCAGCCCUGAGCAGAGCAGCCUCCUGGAGAUCUGAUGGGUGCUGCAUGUGCUCCAGCGUACUUACUUCACACCAUCUCCACCAUUUCAAUUUGAAUGCUUCCUGCUAAGUAAUUUAUUUGUGGAUAAAACACAGCCACUGUUGCUGUUAGCCAUUCCUCCAGCUAAGAUUGUAACUUGUGUAAAGCUUCCCUAAUCCCAGCCCAGAAGCAAAUUCAGCUGGGACCUCAGAAGGUCCAUGAUUUUGUGGCUAAAGACUCAGAGGCAAAAUCUGAAGCUACAUCCCUUAUCAUUCCUUAAGCCGUUAUAACCAAAGUAGCUACCCACUGAGGUCUCUGCGUGAUCACUCAGAUAAUGGCCAAAAUGUUGAAGUCAUAAGACCAUGUGUAGGACUAGCCAAGUAGCAGGCUGGGCAGGACUGAAGUAAGUUUUUCUCAGGGUAUGUACAGAAAUCACCUUCCAUCUCAUGUAACCCACUGAGCAUUUGAUUUUGAGCAUCUCUCCUAACUUCUGGCACCCGUAGGUGGUUGAAAGAACAAGG